AUGCGGCCGCGGCGGCCCCUGCUCCCGGCGCCCGGCGGGGCUUACAUGGCGCUGGAGGACCUGCUUUGUCUCUGCUUCGCCGUCCUGGCCGUGCAAGGGAGGCUGCUGGAAGGGGAUUCUCUGGAGCUGAGCUGUAGCGCUGGUCCUGCAAAGGUGAUACUGGAGCCGAACCAAGCCGUGGUUUUGGACUGUAACCUGGCCCCCGUUGAGCAGGUGAUCAAUAUCACGUGGAAGAAGAAUGGCUUUCCAUUAGUGGAGCAGGAACAUCUGCACGUGCUUCCGAAUGGAUCACUCUUCAUCUCGUCCCAGGCUGUGGCAAAGGACAGCAAAUAUCCCGAGAGGGCUGGCGCUGAGGGUAAUUACUCCUGCGUGUCUCACAGCUCCCUAGGGGCUGUCACCAGUCAAACAGCUGCUGUCAGAUUUUCAACCUUAUCCCGCUUUUUCCAACAGCCGGAGUCGCAGACAGUGGAAGAAAAUGGCAUGGCUCGGUUCGAGUGUCGGAUCGAAGGGCUGCCCUCCCCUGUCAUCACGUGGGAGAAGGAUCACGUAGCCGUUCCACAGGAACCUAGGUUUAUAACUCUUCCAAACGGUGUCCUCCAAAUCGUGGACGUGCAGGAGAGCGAUGCUGGGGCUUACCACUGUGUGGCGAGCAACGCUGCCCGGAAGCGCUACAGCAACGACGCGGUCCUCAGAGUCCUGAAAGGUUCCCAGCCAGCAGGAGGAGAUGUCACCAUCAUUGCUGCUCCAGAGAACACCACGGUGGUGGCGGGGGAAAGCGUGGUGAUGGAGUGCAUGGCAGCCGCCGAUCCCACCCCCUUCGUCUCCUGGAUACGACAGGAUGGAAAGCCCGUUUCCACAGAUGUGAUCGUGCUGGGUCGGACAAACCUCCUCAUUCCUUCCAGCCAGCCCCAUCACUCUGGAGUGUACGUCUGCCGUGCUAACAAACCCCAGACCAGGCAAUUCGUUACAGCCGCAGCUGAGCUCCGCGUCCUUGCUACGCCCAGCAUCUCCCAGGCUCCUGAAACCAUCUCACGCACCCGAGCCAGCACGGCUCGAUUUGUCUGCAAGGCGGAGGGUGAGCCAGCCCCCACCAUUCACUGGCUGAAGAACGGCGAGGCCAUCCUCUCCAACGGGCGGGUGAAGAUCCAGAGCAGCGGCAGCCUUGUCAUCAACCAGAUCGGGCUGGAGGAUGCCGGCUACUAUCAGUGUGUGGCUGAGAACAGCCUGGGCAUGGCCUGUGCCACUGCCAAGCUCUCCGUGAUUGUGCGGGAGGGCUUGCCCAGCGCUCCCAAGAAGGUCUCAGCCGUGUCUCUCUCCAGCACCACAGUCUUAGUGUCCUGGGAGCGGCCAGAGUACAACAGCGAGCAGAUCAUUGGCUUCUCGUUGCAUUACCAGCGGGCUGUGGGAACAGAUAAUGUGGAGUACCAGUUUGCUGUCAAUAAUGAUACCACUGAACUGCAAGUCAAGGACCUAGAACCCAACACCAACUAUGUCUUCUACGUGGUCGCGUAUUCCCAGCUCGGAGCCAGCCGGACAUCCUCUUCCAUAAUUGUUCAGACCCUGGAGGACGUUCCUAGUGCUGCCCCUCAGCUGUCCCUGUCAAGCAUGACUCCUGGUGACAUCCGUGUGACGUGGCUGCCUCCUCCUCCGGAGCUGAGUAACGGCAAGAUAACCAAGUACAAGAUUGACUACUGCACCCUCAAGGAAGCAGAUCAGGUUACCUCCAUUGAGGUGGGUGGAAACGAAACACAGAUCACUCUCUACUCGCUGCAUCCCAACAAAGUGUACAAAGUACGCAUCGCGGCCAGCACCAGCAUGGGCUAUGGGGCCCCGUCUGAGUGGACCCAGCACCGGACUCCUGACAGGGACAACCAAACGCACGUUCCAUUUGCCCCAACGGAAUUAAAAGUCCGAGCAAAGAUGGAAUCUCUCCUGCUAACGUGGCAACCCCCAGCCAACCAUGCCCAGAUAUCAGGCUACAAGCUGUACUACCGCGAGGUGAGCCAAGAGGAGGCCAGCGAUGAAAGUCCCCUGGAUGGUGCUGAAGAUGAGAGCUGGGACGUAGGGCCCAUAAAGCUAAAGAAGAAAGUGAAGCAGUAUGAACUGACUCGACUAGCUCCUGGGAAGCUCUACGAGGUGAAGCUGGUGGCAUUCAAUAAGCACGAAGACGGUUAUGCGGCCGUUUGGAAGGGCAAAACCGAAAAGGCACCUGCAGCAGCAGUAGAUCCCCCGGUGCAGAAGGGUCCUCCGCUGCCUCCAGUCCAAGUCUAUGCAGAGUCCAACAGCUCAACGUCCAUAUGGCUCAGGUGGAAGAAACCUGACUUCACCACAGUCAAGAUUGUCAACUACACCGUGCGCUUCAGCCCUUGGGGCCUGAAAAACGCCUCUCUUGUUACGUACUACACAAGCUCAGAUGAAGACAUCCUCAUCAGUGGGCUGAAGCCCUACACCAGGUAUGAGUUUGCUGUGCAGUCCAAUGGCGUUGGUAUCGAUGGGCCCUUUGGCAGCGUGGUGGAGCGGUUCACCCUUCCCGACCGUCCCUCGACUCCUCCGUCUGACCUGCGGCUGCACCCACUCAACCCCUACGCUGUGCAGGUGCACUGGUGCCCUCCUGCCGAGCCCAAUGGCAUCAUCGUGGAGUACCUCAUCCUGUACAACGCCAACAACACGCAGCCUGACGACAUGUGGACCUUGCUGACACGAGAAGGAAAUAUCUUCAGCACUGAAGUGCACGGACUGGAAAGUGAUACCAGAUACUUCUUCAAGAUGGGAGCAAAGACAGUGGUGGGGUCUGGUCCCUAUUCAAAUGUUAAGGAUGUGCACACGCUGCGGGAGAAAUUGUCUGAUGUUCUGGACAUCCACUCUGUCACGGGAAUCAUUGUGGGAGUCUGCCUGGGGCUGCUCUGCAUACUCUUCUGCAUGUGCGCCAGCUUUCGCAACAGCAAGCAGAGGGAGGCCCUGCCAGGCCUGGAUUCCCAGGCAGCUGGCAACCACGCUUACUACCACCGGGGCAGGCAAGGGGUGGCAGCUCCUAGUGCCACCUCAGACGCGCACGAACUGGAGUCCCUCAUGUCCCCGCUGCCGGAGGAUGCACCUGUGCCCCUGGGAGACAUCACAGAACUGACAGAAGUGCACAGCCUCAUCCACACGAGCCUCCCUGAGGACAUCGUUCAUGGGAAGAGGAAGUCUUCAUGGAAUAAAUCGGCUAACCAGCCCUGGACAAACAGCAUAGCCAGAUAUGGGGACGCUAUCACAAAAGAGCCUCUCUCUGCUGUGAACGGAUCACUGAAGCUCCCUUCCAGCGCAGGACAAAAGCUUUUGUUACAAGCUCUGGUUUACGAUGCCGUGUUGAAUGAAGCAAAGAAAAGCCACCCCCUAGCCAGCCUCCACCAAGUGGAAGCAGAGGUCAUCGUCCAUUCUGAUUUUUCAGCCUCUGACAGAGACUACGACUCCCAGCUGCACGCCCUGGACACUGAAGAGACAGAAAGUGAGGAGCAGGAGCCUGAAGAGUUGCCCUCUGGCGAGCUGGCUCUCCCCGGCUCUCCCAGCGCCCAGCAGGAUGCUGGCCAAGCGUUGGAUGGCUGCAGGGGCAGUUCUGAGGUUCAGACCCAGGAGGAGCCGUUACACACCACCGGAGAGACUCCCAAAACCGAGGCCGUUUGCAUCCCUGGGCUCACCAAUGGCUUCCACAGGCACGGGGAAAGUCUGGAUUCAGUGGAAAGCGGAGAUUCGGACUCCAUCCAGGAAUGCAGGGGGGACGUGCAGCCAGUCAAGUGCCAAUCGCUUUCCGUGGCCCUGGAGGAGGCCCCCCUGUGUAGUAACUCUGGUUUAACCAGUUCAUCCUCAGCAUCUGAGAACAUGGCAUGUGUCCACAAUCACUGA